GUCUGGACUUCAUUGAUCAGCCCUUUGGGUGUCUGUGGAUCUAUCUGGAACUUUACGAGAGACCAUAUGGAGAGUUUGGUGGCGUGACUGCAAACGCCUCGUAUGAAACGCUGAUCGUUCAGUUUCGUCUGGUUUCUCCUGAUUUCUGUGCCAGAAAGGAAGCUUGAAGGAAGUGUGGGGAAUGCAAACUCUCAGAGACCUCAAGCACAACUUCAGCAUCCCACCUCCGGCCACCAUGGCUGGAGCCCCUGACCCCUAUCACCAAGGCAACAUCAGGAUGACCCUGGAGGAUCAGGAGCUCUGGAAGUCUUUCCAUGAGAUCGGCACUGAGAUGAUCAUCACCAAGCCUGGCAGGAGAAUGUUCCCACACUGUAAGAUCAAUAUUUCUGGACUUGUUCCCUACGCAAAAUACAUUCUGCUUGUGGACAUGGUGCCUGAAGAUGGCUUCAGAUACAAGUGGAACAAGGAUAAGUGGGAGCUGGCGGGUAAGGCGGAGCCGCAGCCUCCGUACCGGACGUACCUCCACCCGGACUCUCCAGCGCCAGGCAGCCACUGGAUGAAGCAGCCCGUGUCCUUCCUCAAACUCAAGCUCACCAACAACGCACUGGACCAGCAUGGACAUAUCAUAUUGCACUCCAUGCACCGCUACCACCCGCGCUUCCACAUCGUGCAGGCCGAUGACCUGUACAGUGUGCGCUGGAGCGUCUUCCAGACCUUCACCUUUCCCGAGACCUCCUUCACUGCAGUCACUGCGUACCAGAACACCAAGAUAACCAAGCUGAAGAUCGACAACAACCCCUUUGCCAAAGGAUUCAGAGAUGAGGGCACGAACUCCAAAAGACGCGCCAGCCGCGGAAGGUCGGAUACCGAGCACCUGGCCAAGAAACUGAACCCCACGGUGAAGGACUCCGAUCAAGACAGAUCGCAAGAUUUGCGCCACUCCUGUGAGGACAGAGCGGCUCUCAAGGAGUCUGGGGAGGUGAAGGAGGAGCGAUUCUCUCCGUGGGGAGGUGUGUCGGACAGGGAAAGCAGCCACGUGCUGGGUCAGGACUCGCCCGUGGGCUCCGAAGCCCGGGACGUCUACAGCUCCGAGCAGCUGGUGCCGGGACACAGCUCGUACCAGCCGUACAGGUUUCACGAGUACGGAAAGUUGCAGUCUCCCUCGUCCUCCAGCGCCGGCAGUGGGACCGGCAGCCGCGUCCCUGACAUUGCCACCGUGCCCGAGCACGAAGGCAAGGCCGCCGCCCAUGAGCCAGGCCCCACCCACUGCCCACCUAACCUCGCCUCCACGCCACAGGACUACCCUGGGGUCCUAAACAUGGCCGUGGGCCAGGCCAAGCCGGCGGUGCUGAGCCACCACCCCCUGUACGCGCCGUACGGGCCAGAGCAGGCCCUGGGUCAGUGGGGCGGGGCCAGCUCGGCGCAGUAUCCCCCAGCCCCGCCCACCCAUCACCACCACCACCACCACCACCUGGCCACUGACUACAGCACCCAGGCUGUCCAUCAUGGCUAUCACCAUGGCAACGUCAGCGACUGGAGCCAAUACCCGCUGUUUUCGUAUUCGUGCUGGUGAUGGGCGCCAAACGCCGGUGCCGAGGAGGAGUGCGGCCCCGUGGAACGCCUUGGCCCUGGGUCUCUCUGCCGUUGUUCUGGCCCUCUGCACGAGAGGCACAGUGAUGAAGAAUGACUGUUAAAAGAGAGCAUACUGCUUUAGACCCGGAGAACAGGAGUCACCUAGAGCGCCUCUGGGGAGAAGAAAGGUCUGAAUUUUAGUUUGUUCUGUGUUUUCUUGAAGAUGCUAUUGUCUACUUGUUUUUCAAAGACACACUUUAAGCCUGAGAUUGUGCUGACUGCAUGGUAAUGAGAGGGCCGUUCUGCUGGGGUGUUUCUCUCACAGGAACCACAAUGAAUCAGACGCGUAUAUAUUUAUUAACUGG